AUGUUCCGCUCCGCCAUCGCCCGCUCCUUGAGGGCUUCCGCCCCCCGUGUCGCCGUCAAGACCCAGGCUCCCUUCCAGAUCCGCAGCUCCCCCAUUGCUGCUCGCGUCCCUCAAUUCACUCCCGUCUUCGUCUCUCAGUCCAUUCGUGCCUACUCCGCGCCUGCCGGUCUGAACAAGGAGGAGGUUGAGGGCCGGAUAGUCAACCUGCUCAAGAACUUCGACAAGGUUUCCGAUGCCAGCAAGAUCAACGGCGCCUCUCACUUCUCGAACGACCUCGGUCUUGACAGCUUGGACACCGUCGAGGUGGUUAUGGCCAUUGAGGAGGAGUUCAGCCUUGAGAUCCCCGACAAGGAGGCCGACCAGAUCCACAGUGUUGAGAAGGCUGUUGAGUACAUCCUGGCUCAGCCCGAUGCUCACUAA